AGUUGCCUUAUAGCCAGAGGCUAUUAUGUUUGACUAACCGGAAUUUCUAGACUUAUCUCUUAAAUGUUUUUCAAUGAGCAAUUAUAAUGAUGUUACUGUGUAAUCCAAGUAAAUCUUCUAUGAAAAGUAACCUAUUAAUCAUCUUAUAAAUAAAUAUUAGUGACCUCUACUACGUUUCUGAUAAGUGUGAACAAUUAUAAAACAUUUAGUAUCAGAACCUACAGUGUUACGCGACGAUUCUUAAGAAAAUGUUGUUAAAAUGGAGUUGGUGUAUUCUACUAAUUGUGCUAAUAGUAGAGUUAGAUCAGACUUUAUCCCGAUCUUCGACCUCUGGAUCUCGUAGUUCAAGUUCCGGUUCUCGAGGCAGUUCUUAUGGUUCUAGUUCUCGAGGCAGUUCGUUUGGUUCUGGAUCCCGUGGCAGCUCAAGACCUUUUACACCUAGACCUACUCCAAGACGGUAUCCUGUAACAACGAUGCCUACCAGGAGAACCACAAGAUAUCAUCCCAUAACUACGAUGCCUACUAGGAGAACAACCAGAUACCAUCCCAUUACGACUAUGCCAACGAGAAGAACGACGAAAUAUCAUCCUAUGACUACCAUGCCUACUCACAGGACUACACCCCAUAGACAACCCCCAUUUAAUCCUAAUUUCCCACCAUCAAACAGAAAUAAUUACACUACAAAGCAUUAUCCUAUGACAACUCCAUCCAUGCAUAGGACUACUCAGCAUACUAGACAACCCGCAUUUAAUCCAAACUUUCCACCCGCAGGUAAAAAUCAUUCAUCUGGGAACUAUAUCAGUACUUCAACAGUUCGUUCAGUAUUUAAUACUCCACCCCGUUUUAACAGUUCCAAACCUCAUUUCAACACAAGUACCCAUAGACCUUUUGUACAAUCAACAAAGGCUGUGACAGUUGGAAAUUGGAAUCCUGGACGUCCAACACAACCCUGGCGCCCAAAUAACACCAAUCAUAAUACAUGGACUCAACGACCGAUAUAUACCACAGCCAAACCUAUAUAUCAAGUACCUUUAUGGAAUACAUCGUCCAUUCACCGUGGUCCUUCGAUAAGAAACGGCAGCAUACAUGGAGGAAUUUACCAACCCCCAGCAAGUCGCAGAAAUACAACCUUAACUGGUCAUGGAGUAAAUCCACUCUAUCCAACCCAACCUGUGGUACAUCCUCCACCUUCUACGACAGUUAUCAAUAAUAACAACCACUAUUAUCAACCUGGACAUUACGCGCCACCGAGUACAGGACCUGCCCAUAUUACCAUAAUAAAUAAUAACAAUUACCACCACCAAGUGAUACCACCGACUGUACAUUAUCAUAGUUAUGGACCUCCUCCAGUCGGUAUAAGUAUUACUACUCAUAAUUAUGAUCCGUUGGCUAGUAUGCAUUAUCACCCGACUUAUCACUACUCUACUCAAGAUACUGGAAGUUCCGCAUUAGGUUUCUUCUUGGGCUACCAAUUGGGAAAAAUAACUCGACCAAGUUAUUAUUAUCACAGUACUUCAUACGUCAACAACGAAUACGUGCCCAGAUAUGAUCAUUAUACUGUUCACCACUAUUACCAUAACAGCGAGGCAGUACCAAAAGAAGCACCUAUUCAACCCAACGCGGUGGUUGUUUGUCCUGGUGAUAGUAGUAAUAUAUGUCCUCCUGGCACCUUGCCAUUCUGCACAAAUAACGGCGUAGUCAUGUGCGUCGUUAACGCUAUAGACACUUCUCCUUGCUCUACAAACAACCAACUUAAGUGUGCUACCUCAACAAUAUCAUGUGAGAAUAAUUCUUCACCCGAAUGUAAACAGAAAUCAUCUACAUCUGUGUCUAUACCUUGCGUAUCUACUGCUACUAUUCCAGCCGGAGUGGGAUAUGUAAAUAAUAGUCUGAUUGUAACGGACACCAAUGAUUCUUCGCUUAAAACAUUCUGUGUUACGGUUUUAGCUACACCAACUAAAAAUGAAUCAAAAUCUGGUAGAAAAAAUCAGUCAGUGGCGCAGAUUAAUGAACCCUUUCAUUAUACUACAAAUCACACUGGUGUUGACUUAUUAGGUUAUUACUUGGGCCACAAAUUGCAAAGUCUAGUGCAACCUAGUUUUUCUUUUCUAAAUUAUGAUCAAAAUUACAACUUUGUUGAAAAGUUUGAUCAUUACAAUGUAUUCCAAUAUUAUCACGACGCUAAUGUCUUACCCAAUCAAGUAGAAAUUAAACCAGAUCAGAUUAUGAGCUGCGCUGGAGAUAGCGGUACAUUCUGUCCCCAAUACACUGUAUCUUUGUGUCUAAAUGACGGUGCAGUUAUUUGCGUAACUGACAAAACAUCGACAACCUUCAGUAACGAACUUCAAACAAACUAUAUAAACAGUUCUAUACCAUGCAAUAAUCUUAAAUUUCCGUUUUGUGUGCAGAAUCCUAAUGCAACGGUUCCUGUUCAAAUCCCGUGUUUUUCUACAGCCAAGGUUUAUGCAAAUGUCAGCAUUAUGAUAAGAAGCUAUACUGCAGUUAAUGAAACUCAGACUUACAGAACCUAUGAGCUAUCAAAUGUUACCGCAGGCGUUGCAGCACAAACUAUACCUACACCUCGUGAACUUUGCGUGGGCAUUUUAGUGUUACCAGGAGAAAAAACUAUUUCUAAAGUUCCAGAACGUAGAAAGGUAGUUGGAAUUCCUAAUGCGCCAAAUUCUUUAACGUUACCAAACUAUUCAUAUAAAAAUUUGGGUACUAACACUUUAGGAUUAUACUUACAGUACAGACUACAGCUAGUAGCUUUUCCUACGUACUAUUACAUAAACGCUUAUUUGUAUAGUGAAAGCGGCGUUGCACAACAAUUUGAUCAUUAUUCAGUACACUACCAUGAACAUGGCAACGAGGUUAUACCUACUAAUCUAGAAUUCCAAGCAUUUGACUUGCGUGCAUGUGAAGGCGAUACUGGUCUAAUUUGUCCAAACACUACAUCUUUAAUUUGUCUUGGCGACGGUGGAGUGAUGUGUUUAACAGAUAUGUUAUUAACAAAAUCAUGUAGCAAAAACAAUACCACAAGGACAUUAUGCACGAAAGCAACUCUAACAUGUGAAAAGAAUAAACCAUGCAGCAAAAUUAGCAAAGUUAAAAAGAUCGGUAUACCUUGUAUAUCUACAGCUACCAUCUACGGCGAUAUUAUGACAGUUAGGCACAAUAUUUACAAACGUACGCCUUCAUUAUCCAAACAAUAUACCGAUAUUCAAGCAGUGCCAGGUUCAAAUGUAAACAACACACCUGUCUAUCAUAAGGCACAACAGUUUUGUGUGUCCGUUGUUCUUUUACCAGAAGCUAGACAAAUAUCUGAAGGUGAAAAAGUGAUCGAAAGCUCGGACUCCCUAUUUGGCAAAAUAGCCUCUAAAUUAUUUGGUUCCUGGUAAAGUUUUACAAACUAGAUAUUUUCGUAUAUUUAUUUUGGUAUAGUACAUCACACAGAUAUUUUUGUCCUACAAACUGAUCGCCAACACCCUGAUAAUUUAUAAUUAUUAGUACAAAGUAACUUUUGUAAUACGUUUUUCUUAAACAGUUGUUUAUUCUGGUGUUAGAUAAAAUCGAAUAUUAUCUUUAUUCCUGACCUUUUAUUUAAAAGUGUAUUUUGUGAUAGUACAAAUAAUAUUAUACACAACAAAAAAUUUUUGUUUAAUUAAGUAGUUCUUAUGAAAUAAUUUUAAUUUGUUAUAAAUAUAUUUGUUUUU